UCGUGUUUUUCCAUUUCUGAAAAAGCUAUGGAAAUUCCCUUUCCUUUGUAAAAAUCAAAUACCAUUUCUCUUCUCUUUCACUCUUUUUUUUUCCUUUUCAUUUCUCUCCAAACUUGAAAAUUAAAUUCAAAGUGAUCAAGCCGUAUUUUUUUACGGAAAUGAAGAGAGGCAAAUCGGAUACCAAAUUGGACAAAUUAGAUAGGUUUGUGUCAUUAAGCAGGCAAAAAUCCGCGCAAAUCCUUCUUGCUGUUGCUGUUAUCUACGUGCUCCUUGUCACUCUUGAAAUCCCUUUUGUUUUCGACUCUGGCCCCACCUCUGAAACCAGCACCACCCUCGCUCGCUUUUCUGAGCUUCAAAGCGAACAAGUUUUGCAAGAUAAAGAUGCCCCAACUCGACCUCUUAACUGGGUUUCUCAUAACUUUUCCCGCCGUACUCAAUCUCAACUUGCUGCGAGCAAAAUCUUGUCCUCUUUGGGUUUCCACCCUAAUACCUUGGAUCCCACUAAGAAAGACGGCUCCCUCGACCUCCUUAAAGCUGCAAAGACUGCUUGGGAGGAGGGGAUAAAGUUAUGGGAUGAAGUUCAAUCUGGUAAAGCUAAACUUUUGGAGGUUUCAAACCUCAAGAAUAUAUCCGAAGCCUGUCCCAUUUCAGUUACGCUAUCUGGGUCGGAUUUUUUGAAGCGAGGCAAGUUGUUGGAGUUGCCUUGUGGGCUCACUUUGGGGUCACAUAUAACGGUGGUGGGAAAGCCGAGAGCAGCACAUGCCGAGAAGGACCCCAAGAUUGCCUUGGUGAAGGAAGCAGACGACGAGGUGAUGGUUUCCCAGUUCAUAAUGGAAUUGCUGGGAUUGAAGACUGUGGAGGCUGAGGACCCUCCUAGGAUUCUUCAUUUUAAUCCCAGGUUGAAAGGUGAUUGGAGUUUGAAGCCUGUAAUUGAGCAGAAUACUUGUUAUAGAAUGCAGUGGGGGACUGCUUUGCGUUGCGAGGGCCGGGGGUCUGAGGCUGAUGAGGAGACUGUUGAUGAUCAAGUGCAGUGUGAGAAGUGGAUCCGUGAUGAUGAUGAUAUAUCAGAGGAGUCCAAGGCAACUUUGUGGUUGAACCGGCAAAUAGAUCGAACAAAAAAGGUGACUUUUGACUGGCCAUUUCCUUUUGCAGAGGAGAAACUGUUUGUCCUAACUCUGAGUGCUGGUUUGGAGGGUUACCAUGUUAAUGUUGAUGGGAGGCAUGUCACUUCUUUCCCUUAUCGAGCUGGAUUUACUCUUGAGGAUGCAACGGGGUUAGCUGUUACUGGGGACAUAGAUGUUCACUCUGUAUUUGCUGCUUCAUUGCCCUCGAAUCACCCUGGUUUUUCUCUUAACAGGCAUCUGCAGAUGUCUAGCAGAUGGAAGGCACCAUCUCUUUCUGUGGGGUCAGUGGAACUUUUUAUCGGUAUUCUCUCUGCAGCUAACCAUUUUGCUGAGCGAAUGGCUGUUAGGAAGUCUUGGAUGCAGCAUAGGCUUAUAAAAUCAUCAAAUGUGGUAGCUCGUUUCUUUGUAGCCCUGCACACUCGAAAGGAAGUGAAUUUAGAGUUAAAGAAAGAGGCUGAAUAUUUUGGUGAUAUUGUCGUAGUGCCUUACAUGGAUAACUAUGACCUUGUGGUGUUGAAAACUGUUGCCAUCUGUGAAUAUGGGGUCCGCACAGUGCAUGCAAAAUAUAUUAUGAAGGGUGAUGAUGAUACAUUUGUGAGAGUGGAUUCCAUUAUAGAUGAAGUAAAUAAAGUUCCUGCUGAUAGGAACUUGUACAUUGGAAACAUAAAUUACUACCAUAAGCCCUUGCGAUAUGGUAAAUGGAAAGUGACAUAUGAGGAAUGGCCAGCAGAAGAAAUACCACCCAUUGCAAAUGGGCCAGGCUACAUUUUAUCUUCUGACAUUGCGUGCUUCAUUGUUUCUGAGUUUGAGAGUCAUAAAUUAAAGUUGUUCAAGAUGGAAGAUGUCAGUAUGGGAAUGUGGGUAGAGCAGUUCAAUAGCUCAAUACCUGUGGAGUAUGUGCACAGCUUGAAGUUCUGCCAGUUAGGAUGUAUUGAAGGUUAUUAUACGGCUCAUUACCAGGCCCCCAGGCAAAUGAUAUGCCUCUGGGAAAAAUUACAAAAGCAGGGAAGGGCUCAGUGCUGCAAUGAGAUGAUGAUCAGGACUUCAGUCAAUGAGAGGCCCAAGUGCCGGAAUAGGGAGAGGAUGAUCACUAGAUUAGGUGAAAUGAGGACUGGAUCAUGGAUGAGAGUCACCACCUGGGGUGACUGUCCUGAAAAACUCAAGAUAUAACAAACAAGGGAGACAAAUUUUGCAGCCAUAUAGCAUUGUAUGUUCUGUGGAAGGGGUUCGCCUAGCAGCACCAAGGCUGUGAAAAUGCCCUUUCCUAAUUCAGUCAUCUUUUUUGGCUCAUACUUUUCUAGGCCUGAGGUUGGAGGUGAUAAAGAUAGGUGAACUAUAGAAAUCCAAGUUCUCUUACGUUAGAAAUGAUAGCAGAGCAUGGUAUCAUAGGUUUAAGAUCAUGCAUGACCCGAGGGUCAAGGGUUACUUAGGGUCAACCCAAGCUUUGGAUUUUAAUAUUAUUUUUGUAAAAAAAAAGCUUCUGAAAUGAUGGUGGUAUGGUGCGCUAAUUGACAGGAAGGUCUUAUAACACGGCGUGGAAGAUGAUGUUUAUAUAUUCGCAGUAUAUAUUUUUGUAUUUUCA